AUGAACUCGAAAGAGACUUGCCGGAGCGAGCUUCGCAUUGCCAUUCGCCAACUCAGCGAUCGCUGCCUUUACUCUGCUUCCAAAUGGGCAGGGGAGCAGCUGGUAGGAAUCGAGCAAGACCCGGCAAAGUUUACUCCUACAAAUACCAGAUUCCAGCGUGGAAGCUCUAGCAUUCGUAGAAGAUUCCGAACCAAUGACAUUACCUCUACGCCUGUUACUGGCAUGUCUUAUGUGUCCACUCCCGUAUUGGAGGAAGAUGAGGUCAUAGAUGGUGACUUCUACCUUUUGGCUAAGUCCUACUUCGAUUGUCGAGAGUAUAAAAGGGCUGCUCACGCCCUUCGCGAUCAAAAUGGAAAGAAAUCGGUCUUCUUGCGUUGUUAUGCUCUUUAUCUGGCUGGAGAAAAAAGGAAAGAAGAAGAGAUGAUAGAACUUGAGGGGCCCCUAGGUAAAAGUGAUGCUGUGAACUGUGAGCUGGUUUCUCUGGAAAGAGAGUUGUCAACUCUCCGCAAGAAUGGCACAAUUGAUCCCUUUGGGUUAUACUUAUAUGGCCUUGUGCUUAAAAACAGAGGCAAUCAAAAUCUUGCUCGGACAGUUCUUGUGGAGUCUGUGAAUAGUUACCCUUGGAAUUGGAAUGCCUGGUCAGAGCUGCAGUCCUUAUGCACCACAAUCGAGAUGUUGAACAGCCUUAACCUAAGUAACCAUUGGAUGAAGGACUUCUUUCUUGCCAGUGCUUACCAAGAACUCCGGAUGCACAAUGAAUCCCUUGCAAAAUAUGAAUAUCUACAAGGAAUGUUCAGCUUUAGUAAUUACAUACAGGCUCAGAUUGCCAAAGCUCAAUAUUGUUUGAGGGAAUUUGAUCAAGUUGAGGUAAUAUUUGAAGAACUUUUGAGAAAUGACCCCUAUCGAGUCGAAGACAUGGACAUGUAUUCCAAUGUCCUCUAUGCAAAGGAGUGUUUCUCUGCUCUUAGUUAUCUUGCCCACAGGGUGUUUAUGACUGAUAAAUACAGACCUGAAUCUUGCUGCAUCAUUGGAAAUUAUUACAGUUUAAAGGGCCAGCAUGAGAAGUCUGUUAUGUAUUUUAGGAGGGCACUCAAGUUGGACAAAAACUAUUUGUCGGCUUGGACACUUAUGGGCCAUGAGUAUGUUGAAAUGAAAAACACUCCAGCUGCUGUUGAUGCUUAUCGACGCGCUGUGGAUAUCAAUUCUUGUGAUUAUCGUGCUUGGUAUGGGUUAGGACAAGCUUAUGAGAUGAUGGGGAUGCCAUUCUAUGCACUGCACUAUUUUAAGAAGUCUGUGUUCUUGCAGCCAAGUGAUUCUCGAUUGUGGAUUGCCAUGGCUCAGUGCUAUGAAACUGAUCAGCUUCACUUGCUUGAGGAUGCAAUCAAGUGUUACAGAAGGGCUGCGAAUUGUAAUGACAAGGAAGCAAUAGCCCUGCAUCAGUUAGCAAAACUGCACUGCGAGCUUGGCCGUCCAGAAGAGGCAGCAUUUUACUACAAAAAGGACUUGGAGAGGAUGGAAGCUGAAGAGAGGGAAGGACCAAACAUGGUUGAAGCUCUGCUGUUUCUUGCUCAGCACUGCAGAACUCAUAAGAGAUUAGAAGAAGCAGAAGUGUAUUGUACCCGUCUUCUGGAUUAUACUGGCCCAGAGAAGGAAAUGGCAAAGAAUAUGCUUCGUGGAAUGAGAUCAGAAUCUAGUUAUCCUUCAAUGGAUGUUGAGCAUUUUCCUCCCUGA